CCGACUCGCGCCAUCAUGUCCUCGAUUUUCGGUUCGAACCAAACGCAUCUCCCCCCCAGUCCCCCUGGCCUGCCCAUCCUCGGACAUCUCACCAAGAUCCCCUCCACCGAGCAGUGGAAGUACUUCCUCAAAAUAUCCGACGAGCUCCGCUGCAAGCUCACGACAUACAAGGUCCUCAACCAGACGAUCAUCGUGCUCAACUCGAAGGAGUCCAUCGAGGCGCUGUUCACGAAGAAGCAGGAUGUGUACGCGAGCAAGCCCCCGCGCAAGAUGUCGGAUAUCUCGGACCUGACGAUGACCCUGCCGUUCAUGGACCCUGGAGAGGUGUUCACGAACGCGCGCAAACAGUUCCACCAGGGGAUCGGACAGGCCGAGGUCGGGACGUACAAUACCGAUUACGAGGUCGCGUCACGGAGCCUCAUCAAGACACUGUCCGGGAACCUGGAAUGCAAAAACCUGACGGAGACGAUCGACGACUCUCUCGGCCACGUCUUCCUCAAGGUCUCAACAGGGUACAACGGCCCGGAGACCGACUCUGUGCUCAAGCAGAUGAACGAUCUCGCGCACUUUGCUGCCGACGUUCUCGGUGACAAAUACCAGAUCUUCGACAUUCUCCCAUUCCUGGCGUCGGUACCGAAGUCGGUGCCUGUCAUCGGCCCAAAAAUCAAGCUCGGCAAGCAGUGGAAGAACAACCUCCACUCGAUAGCUGCGACGACAGUGCGCUUGACGCAGGAGAGCCAAAAGCAGGAGACGGUGUCCGUGAUGUCGAACGUGUACAAAGCGCAGGGCGCCGCGGCGGACGGCGACGAGCAGUCGAAGAUGAUCGCAGUGACGAUGAACGCAGGCGGCAUGCUCGCGUCCGAAUCGGCCACUCUCACCUUCCUGCUCGCCAUGGCGCAGCACCCUGAUGUACAGAAGCGCGCACAGGCGCAGGUCGACUCCGUGUGCGGGGACAGGCUGCCGACGAUGGCCGACCGGCCACAUCUGCCAUACGUCGACGCGGUGCUUUCGGAGGUUCUGCGGUGGGUGUCCAUCGCGCCCGUCAUUGCGCGGGAGGUGACCGAGGACGACCACUACGACGGCUUCCUCAUCCCCAAGGGCGCGACGAUCAUGGCGAACAACUACGCGAUCUCGCGGGACGCGGAGGUCUUCCCCGACCCCGAGUCCUUCGUCCCCGCGCGCUUCCUCGACGAGUCCGGCCAGAAGCUCCGCCAGGACGUCCUGCACCCGAUGGAGUUCGCGUUUGGGUUCGGGCGGCGGACGUGCCCGGGGCGCUACCUCGCGGACGCGCUGCUGUUCAGCCACUUUGCGCAUAUCCUGAAGGUGUUCGACGUGGCGCUCCCGUCGGAGAGCGAGAAGGCGAAGAGGGCGGCGGACGCGGAGCUGAAGGUGAAGAGCAAUGGCGCUGCGUGUCGGCUGGAGUCCGUCUAUGUCACGCUCGCUCCGCGGUCUGCAGAGGCCACGGUGCUCAUCAACCAAAAUGCCCCAUCGACAAAUGGGCAGGCGGACGGCCAUGCUAAUGGUCACGCACACUGAUUGGCAGCCCCUUAUUUAUGAUCCGACGACUGCAGCAUGUCCUCACGUCUCUACGUCCGCUCCACGCCUGGAACUCCUACGAUCCCCAGCUCGCAUAGCAUAUUCGCGAUCACAAUGCACUUCACGGUGCUAAUCUCUCUUCAGCUAAGAUGUCCUGAAUCACGGUAUCUCUCCCACCACCUCUGCAUCCCAAUUGUUGCGCUUAUGUUACCUUAGUCACGACCAAUCAUACCAUAAGAGUAUCCUUGUCGGGGUUACUCCCCGUCAAAUCGCAUGUUUUUCAGUCCCGACUCCCAAUGAUUUAUUUCUUCCCC